UCCAACGUUUAUUGCGUCACUGGCUCCAAAAAUCCAAGAUGCCAAACAGGAAGUAGCAAAACCGGCUCAUUUUCUCAGUGCAGAAAUUGGAUCAGUUGGUCUCCGACUGAUGACGUUUCUAAGGUCCGCAAGAACGCAAGUACGGACAAGUACGCAUAUUUUCUUUGGUCCGGAACAGCUUUUAAUUUGUCUUACCUGACUGAUUAAAGGGUCCACAGAGGAGGACUCUCCCCCUCCUGUCAGUAUACCAUGGCGGACAUCAAGAACUUCCUGUACGCCUGGUGUGGGAAAAAGAAACUGACUCCCAACUACGACAUCCGAGCCGCAGGCAACAAAAACAGGCAGAAGUUUAUGUGUGAGGUCCGAGUCGAUGGCUUCAACUACAUGGGGAUGGGAAACUCCACCAACAAGAAGGACGCUCAGACCAACGCUGCCAGGGAUUUUGUCAAUUAUCUGGUCCGAGUGGGAGAAAUGAACGCAUCGGAGGUCCCAGCUCUCGGGGCGAGUGUUCCAGAGCCCGAUCAACUCGACGGAGGAGGAGGAGGAGGAGAUAGAGGAAAUGGCGAAUUUGGAAACCUUCCUUCGUGCGGUCCUUUGCCACCUCAUCUUGUAGUAAAAGCUGAGCAAGAAGAGGGCGGUGGCAGCAGCAGUGGGCCGGUUCCAGGAGUGACUGGACUGGGUUACUCAGGUGGAGGCAACAUUGGGUGGGGAGGACGAGGAGGAGCAGCUGGAAGAGAAGGAGGAGAAGCUCAGUGGGACAGAGGAGCCAACCUGAAGGAGUACUACGCCAAGAGAGAUGAACAGGAGGCACAAGCGACUCUGGAGUCGGAGGAAGUGGACCUGAACGCUAAUCUUCAUGGCAACUGGACUCUAGAGAACGCUAAGGCCCGUCUGAACCAGUUCUUCCAGAAGGAGAAGACCAGUGCUGAGUAUAAAUACAGCCAAGUUGGACCGGACCACAACAGGAGCUUCAUAGCGGAGAUGCAGCUGUUUGUGAAACAGCUCGGCAGAAGGAUCACAGCUCGAGAGCAUGGAUCCAACAAGAAGCUGGCGGCUCAGUCCUGUGCUCUGUCGCUGAUCCGGCAGCUGUAUCAUCUGGGAGUCAUCGAGGCGUACUCCGGCGUCACCAAGAAGAAGGAGGGAGAAACUUUGGAGGCAUUUGACGUCAAUGUGUCACCGGACCUUGGGCAGCAGUUGGCCAAUGUUGUCCAGGAGCUCGGUGUCCACAUCCCCCCACCUCCUGCAGACCCCAGCAGCCCGGUGUCUCUGGUUCAGGGAAAGAUGGCGACAUUUGACCCGUCACAGCGUCAGAUUGGAGCCGGUGUCGUCCCCUGGUCACCUCCUCAGGUCAACUGGAACCCCUGGACCAGCAGCAACAUCGACGAGGGACCGCUGGCCUACUGCACUCCGGAGCAGAUCAGUGAAGAUCUGCACAACGAGCUCAAGUACCAGCUGAUAAAUGACGACAACCUGCAGAAGAUCUUGAUGGAGCGCGAGCAGCUGCCCGUCAAACAGUUCGAGGAGGAGAUCAUGGCAGCCAUUGAGAAAAGCCCUGUGGUGAUCAUCAGAGGAGCGACUGGCUGCGGUAAAACCACCCAGGUUCCUCAGUACAUCCUGGACCGCUUCAUCCAGAGCGGCCGAGCAUCGGACUGCAACAUAGUAGUCACCCAGCCAAGACGCAUCAGCGCCGUGUCUGUGGCAGAGCGAGUUGCCUACGAGCGAGGGGAGGAUCUCGGGAAAAGUUGUGGCUACAGCGUUCGUUUUGAGUCCGUCCUCCCGCGACCCCACGCCAGUGUCCUCUUCUGCACUGUUGGUGUUUUGCUGCGGAAGCUCGAAGCAGGAAUUAGAGGCAUCAGUCAUGUUAUCGUUGACGAGAUCCACGAGAGAGACAUCAACACGGACUUCCUCAUGGUGGUGCUCAGAGACGUGGUCAACACCUACCCGGAGGUCCGCGUCAUCCUCAUGUCGGCCACCAUCGACACCACCAUGUUCAGAGAAUACUUCUUCAACUGUCCCAUCAUUGAGGUGUUUGGACGCACCUUCGCUGUUCAAGAAUAUUUCCUGGAGGACUGCAUCCAGAUGACCAACUUCGUCCCUCCACCGAUGGACAAAAAGAAAAAGGACAAAGAUGAGGAGGGUGGAGACGAUGAUACUAACUGUAACGUGAUCUGCGGACCGGAGUACACGGCGGAGACGAAGCGCUCGAUGGCUCAGAUCAACGAGAAGGAGACGUCCUUUGAGCUGGUCGAAGCUCUGCUGAAGUACAUUGAGACGCUGCAGGUGGCCGGUGCUGUUCUCAUCUUCCUGCCCGGCUGGAACCUCAUCUACUCCAUGCAGCGACACCUUGAGACCAACCCACACUUUGGAAGUAGCCGAUACAAGAUCCUGCCGCUCCACUCUCAGAUCCCCCGAGAGGAGCAGAGGAGGGUGUUCGAACCAGUUCCUGACAGCAUCACCAAGGUAAUUUUGUCCACCAACAUCGCAGAGACAAGCAUCACCAUCAACGACGUCGUCUACGUCAUCGACUCCUGCAAGCAGAAAGUGAAGCUCUUCACCUCCCACAACAACAUGACCAACUACGCCACUGUUUGGGCCUCCAAGACCAACCUGGAGCAGAGGAAGGGCCGAGCCGGCAGAGUCCGACCUGGGUUCUGCUUCCACCUCUGCAGCCAAGCUCGAUUCGAAAAGCUGGAGAAUCACAUGACUCCAGAGAUCUUCAGGACUCCGCUUCACGAAGUCGCUCUGAGCAUCAAGCUGCUGAGACUCGGAGCCAUUGGCCACUUUCUGUCCAAAGCCAUCGAGCCGCCACCACUGGACGCAGUCAUCGAGGCCGAACACACUCUGAAAGAGCUGGACGCCCUCGACACCAACGAUGAACUGACUCCUCUGGGACGGAUUCUGGCUCGGCUACCCAUCGAGCCGCGGCUGGGGAAGAUGAUGAUAAUGGGCUGCAUCUUCCAUGUCGGAGAUGCGAUGUGCACCAUCUCGGCCGCCUCCUGCUUCCCAGAGCCGUUCAUCAAUGAAGGGAAACGUCUCGGUUUCGUCCACAGAAACUUCGCUGGUAGCCGCUUCUCAGAUCACGUGGCGCUGCUGUCCGUCUUCCAGGCCUGGGACGACGUCAGGAUCAACGGCGAGGAGGCAGAAGGUCGUUUCUGUGAACACAAACGUCUCAACAUGUCGACUCUAAGGAUGACCUGGGAGGCCAAAGUCCAGCUGAAGGAGAUCCUUGUCAAUGCCGGAUUCCCUGAAGAGUGUUUGCUGACGCAGAUGUUCAACACGGUGGGACCUGACAACAACCUGGACGUGGUGGUUUCUCUCCUGACCUUCGGCUCGUACCCCAACGUCUGCUACCACAAAGAGAAGAGGAAGAUCCUGACCACGGAGGGACGCAAUGCCCUCAUCCACAAAUCCUCCGUCAACUGUCCCUUCAGCAAUCAGGACAUGACAUACCCGUCGCCGUUCUUCGUCUUUGGCGAGAAGAUCCGAACCAGAGCGAUUUCAGCCAAAGGCAUGACUCUGGUCAGCCCUUUGCAGCUGCUUCUGUUCGCCUGCAAGAAGAUCACGUCCAACGGAGAAAUCGUGGAGCUCGACGACUGGAUCAAACUGAGGAUUCCUCAUGAUGUGGCGGGAGGCAUCGCAGCUCUGCGGGCCGGACUGGAGGCUCUGGUGGUGGAAGUGACCAAAGACCCAGAAUACAUUAGCCAGAUGGACCAAACCAACGAGAGGCUCCUGAAUGUCAUCAGGCACAUCUCCAAACCAUCAGCUGCCGGACUCAACCUGAUGGUCAGCAACCACAGGAUGGGAGACGGCCCUCGACCCCCGAAGAUGGCACGUUUUGAUGGAGGAGGUGGAGGAGGUUACCAGGGAGGAGGAGGAUACCGAGGAGGGGGAGGUUACAGAGGAGGAUAUAGGGGAGGUGGUGGUGGAGGGGGAGGCUACAGGGGAGGUGGCGGCUAUGGAGGAGGAGGAUACAGAGGUGGAGGAGGUUACAGAGGAGGAGGUGGAUAUGGAGGAGGAGGUGGAUAUGGAGGAGGAGGAGGUGGAUAUGGAGGAGGAGGAGGAGGUUAUAGAGGGGGUGGAGGCUACAGAGGAGGAGGAGGAUACUGUGGUGGGGGAGAUGGGGGAGGAUACAGGGGAGGGUAUGGCGGAGGGGGAGGCAGGGGGGGAUACAGGGGAGGAUACUAACAUCCCGACAUCCUCCAUCAGUAGUUGUAGUCUUCAGUUUAGUAACGUCACAAACCUUCUUCUCCUUGUUUGUUGUUGCUGUGUAGAGAAGUGAGUGUAAAGAGCAGCUGUUAGAAUAAACAUAAAGUUUGGGCUUCUGUAAAUGUUUGGUCACAUGUGAGUUUAACUGGAAGCUGUUUGUACUGAUCACCUGUCAAUAUUGUUCAAUAAAUAAAUCAAUCUUUCUUUCUUUUUUUA